AUGCGUGCCACUUUCGCCCUCCGCACCGCUGCUCGGACUCCUCUGAUCCACUUCAUUGGCAAGCGUACCGUACCGCAGUCUGUGGACCACACUCCUCGCGUUCACCCCGCGUCUCCCGCCAGCAACCUUCCCGACUCAUUCGCUACCUACCGAGCUAAGGCUCAGCAGCACGGCCCUCUCACUCGCCACAUGUUUACUGGCGGCAUUGGCGGUCACUCUGGUGCCUCUCUCGGCCCCGUCCGCCCCAAGGCCGGAGAAUUCUUCGACCGCUCGGAGCUGCCCGCUCGCUACGGCCGUCUUCCCUGGUCCGAGGCCGAGAUCGAGGCCAUUGAGACCGGCGGUGCCAGCAUGUUUGCAUAG